AUGAUGUCGGCCUCUCUCAUGCGCUCGGCAACGGCCACGGCCGCUCUUCUGCUCCUCGUCCCCGUCGCCGUGUCCGCCGUCCGUCUGAACCGAGCCGUCCGCUCCAAGACGACGUCGCAUGCGGGGGUCCGCCCGUCCCAUGAGACGUCCCAUGAGGCGUCUGAGGAGCCGCCGACGACGACGGCGCUCCUGCUGCAAUCCCCAAAGGAUCCCGCGAGCCUCCCCGCACACGUUAAGUCGCCGCAGUGGGUCGUCGCCUACGAGCGCGUUGUCUCCAGCCCCGUCCCGAUCUCGUCCCUCGCCGACCCCUCCUCGUCCUCCACCUCUAGCCAUGCCCAGUCCAGUCCGUCGGCCCUGUUGCGACGAUAUAUGCGCGCAACACACAUCGCCUUUGCUUGGACGCCCCAGGCCUGGCUGAUCCGUGCCCUUGUCGGCGACGCCCACGCUCGGCGGAGCUUUGACACCGACUGGAUAGACGCACUAGCCUUUGCGCCUGGUGACCUCGUUAAUGGCGUCUACAAGGUUGCCUGUCAUGAGAGGGAGGGGCCGGGCUUCGCUCUGCCGGAGCGGGCAGAGCUGCUUAUACAAGCCCCCGCAACCUACAGGGGGCCAAGCGUCUGCGGCUUGCUCCUUGCCGCUAUCGAGCCGGCCCUCUCUGCCAGUGCAGACACGGCGGCAGGCAAAGGCCAUGAGCCGAGCGUCGUCUUCGUCAACGAGACGUGGAUGUGGAGGCGAGCCGGUGAGAAACCCGUGCUCCUGGAGACCCCGCUGGGCAAAUGGUUCCAUGGGCUGUUGGCCCGAUGGCUUGUCUUCAAGGGGCUCGACGCGGUAGUCGUGGCGCCUUGA